AUGGAUGCCGACAAUCUCCAAAACAAUUCUCUUCCGGCACAGAAUCCUCCACCUACCCGCCUCACCUCUCGAGCGGCACGCAGCAAUCGCCAUAGAAAUCAGCAGCUCAGCCUUCUUCCUCUGCGGGUAUACUCGGCGAUCUACCCCGAAUUCGCAGCGAAGCGCAUCUCACAGUUCGGCAUUUACUCUGCCAUCGGAGGCACCAUUUGGCAUGGUGUCAAAGGUUUCCGCAAUUCUCCCUACGGCGAACGACGUAUCGGCGCCAUCACGGCUAUAAAGAUGCGCGCACCUGUUCUUGGCGGCAACUUUGGUGUCUGGGGUGGCCUCUUUUCGACAUACGACUGCGCCAUCAAGGGCAUUCGCAAGAAGGAGGAUCCGUACAACGCCAUUAUUGCUGGUUUCUUUGUCGGUGGCUCUCUUGCUUUUCGCGGUGGCUUCAAGGCAGCUCGCAACAAUGCCAUUGGCUGUGCAGUCCUGCUUGCUGUCAUUGAGGGUGUUGGCAUUGCCUUUUCCAAGAUGUUGUCGGGUGGAACGAAACUGGAGAUGCCGCAGCCCCCGCCUAGCAUGGAGAAGGCUAGCUUGUAA